AUGACCAUUUUCUGUUUGUUUGUGAUGGAAAAACAAAUGCUGAUGUCAGCUAUCUUUCGUUAUUUUCGCACCGUUUUCUUGCUGCUGCUGCUGUUCCUCUGCUGCUCCCCGCUGGUUGGAUCUUCUCUGGGCGCCUCCAGUUCGCUUCACAACCUGGGUGACUGGACGUACCCGUUCGGCAGCAUCUUCUCUCCUCUGCUCAAAGCCCUGUCAGAGCACGGAAGAUCAAAGUGGAGCCCAGACCUGAGGAGAAAAUUGAAACCUGAACAUAAGUACAUCAAAUACCUGACGGAGGUUUACAAGGACUCUCCCAGAGUGCAGAGGAGUUUGGACGGAAGUAAAAUCUACAACACAGUCCGGCUAAUCAAACCACAAGAUGAAUGUCGAGCACAAAGUCAUAGAGGUGAGCAACUGGAGCACUCUAAUAAAACAACGAUACACACAAUGUCAUAUACCUGACAGUCACUCAAUGGCAACUUAAAGGUCAACACUGGCAAAAAUACACCCCAAGAAAAAGCAGCUUAGGUCAAUGCCAGGAAAGGAUUAACUCACAGACCUAUCUUUUCUCUUUCAAUAACAGGUGUGUCUCAGUAAAUAAGAAUGGCAUAGAAAAAGUUUACACUUAUUUAAAAAAGCAAAAAUGUAAUAUAUACUAGCCUGAUUAUAUGUAAUCUAACCCUGUAAUGUCUGAAACCACAAAUUACGGCCAGAAAAUUCACAAUUUUUUUUAGCUGAAAUGUUUAUUUCACUUACUACUGAAAACCAAAAAAAAAUCAAAAUGUCCUUAAAAUUUAACAAUUAUAUUUAUUUAUCUCAUUUGAUACUUUAAAUGUUUUUGGAAACUGAAAUUUACAAGAGGACAUUUUUUUAUCAUUUAUCGGACUGUAUUCAGGUGUUUUUUUUUUUAGUAAUUUGUUGAUCAUAUUGAUUGAUAAAAGUAUUAUAAAAGUAUGUAUCAAAUAUGAUACAAAAGGCAAUAAAGGGCUAAAAUUUUUGAAGAUUUUUUCCAGUUUUUUUUAUCAUGACUAAUAGUUCAAAAGUGUAAUGCAUCACAAUAUUUGAACAUUUCAUUUUGCCUGAGUGGAUUUCUAUUCAUACAGAAUAAAUACCACAAAUCUCUGUCUACAUCCCUGGGUUGAUCAGAAAUUAGGUAUAAAAUGUUGAUAAGAAACAGGAUUUGAUAGUUUGCAUAUCAUUUAAAAAUCAAUAUUAAUAGGAAAUAGUGGACAAUCAACAAAUCAAAUGUUGAAAUAAAAACUAUUAUUUGAUGAAAACUGUGAUCUUCUUACAUUAAUUGAAACAGUCAGAACAGGAGUACAAAAUACUUAAAAUUCUGAGUUAUAGAGAAAAGACUUGGAGUGUUUACAUUAAUUUUCAAACCCAUAAUUAACAUGACUGGGUAUAAAGGGCCCUCCAGAGAGGCUCAGUCCUAAAGGAGUAUGGAUGAGAAGAGGGAGUAUGCUACAGAUGGUCAUUGCUGAAAAGGCUGGUUGCUUCCAGAGUGAUCAUAGCGUAUUAAUGGAAAAUUGUCUGGAACUUUGCGUUGUCGCACACAGAUCAAUAGUUCUACAAGGUGUUUUUCAGGUUAUUGUAAUGAUCACAUAUUAUUUUUGUGUUACUUGACUCCUCAGGCCAUGGUGACAUUGUGGCUUGUGUUUUCUCGUAUUUCCCUUCAGAAAGUUACAUGCAGGAUCUUUCAUACAGUCUCGAUCAAGUAAGGAAAAAAGAACAGCUUCUGAAGGCAACCCUGCUGUACAGUUUAGACCAAGACCAUGCAUCUCCUGUCGACUCGGUGUGCUAUCUGACUGUCAAGGAACAGGAGCUUUCUGACCAGUGCCAGCUGUGUCCUGCAGCCCGCCUCACCGUCAACUUCACGACUAGCUCAAACAUGAGGAGUGGGAGAAACUGGGUGGAGGCAGAUGUCACCCCGUUUCUCCAGCCUCUCCUACAGUUCAAGAAAAAGACCAUACACCUCCUCAUCAACAUCACUUGCCCAGAGGGAUCAAAAGCCAGAGAUGAAGGGCGCAAAGGUCCGCCACAGUUCAAUCUAAGGUCACCUCUUCUGCUUCUGUACCUCAAUGACACCAGCAGCAUUGCCCACCAGAGGUUACCGGUCAGUGCCAAAGCAGGUCACGAGUCAAUCAGUGCAGCUAACAGUGUUCAUAAGCAGAGAGGUUUGAAACCAGAGCAGAGGAUCGGCUGGAAGAGAAGAUGGAGAAGAGCAUCUCCAAAGAACAAAAGAGGUGAUAAAAGUGGAGAUUACCACCUGCCUGAGCUUCUCCCAAGUUCCGAAUUCCCUACCAGUGACUGUGCCUUGUACGAUUUCAGGGUGCGGUUUAGUCAGCUCAAACUGGAUCAGUGGAUUGUUUUUCCACCAAAGUACAACCCCAGGUACUGCAGAGGCAUCUGCCCAAACACUGUGGGCUUCAUCUACGGCUCCCCUCUCCACACAGUGGUGCAGAACCUCAUCUAUGAAAAACUGGAUUCCUCUGUGCCCAGGCCCUCAUGCAUCCCCUCCCACUACAGCCCCCUUAGUGUCAUGAUCUUUGAAAAGGACGGCUCUUAUGUCUACAAAGAAAUUAAAGACAUGGUGGCCACCAGGUGCACGUGUCGUUAA